AUGUCGGCUGCUGGAAUUAAUAAGGCACUUACUCUUGAUACAAAACGCAAGCGUACAGCAAUAUCGGGUUUUACAAAAUGUGAGAUUUGCCAAAAGCUUUCCGUACCUAGCCCUCCUAAGCAAAAAGAUUUGGCACUUAUAUAUAAUAUAUCUGAGCAAGCGGUAUCUGAUAUUUGGCGAAAUAAAGAUAGGUGGCUUCAACUUAAGGAUAAUAGUUAUAAUGCACAAUUAAAAAAAGAAUGUUUACUAGGAUUUCCUAUAACUGAAAAGGUUUUGGAGAG